GAUGGGGCAGGUGGAAAACGCCCACCCCCGGUCUUGGUGGUGAGUAUCUCUGACCACUCGUGGCGAGGGCGCAAUGCAAGAUGGCUACCAACGGGGGCGCAAUCAAGGUCGGGCCGAAGCAUAAUAAUCUGAACCCACCCUCCUCACUUGGUGCGAUGCGAGCCUCAUCCGGUCCUCUUCCACUCGGUCGCGUGCACUGAAUCCCCUUCGACGACGACGACGACGACUCACCACCACGUACGUCUGGUGUCGCGAGAGCUUCAUCACCACCGGCAAAAUGUCAGCGGAAAAGACGGACGCGAUCAACGACGACUCGGACGUGCGCCGCACGACCACGUCCACGAGCUCCCCGCCCGAGACGGCUGAACUCGAGACCAAGAAGAAGCCAUGGUGGAACUCGAUCCGCGAAGCGGGCUCGGCCACGCAAAUCGUCAUUGCCGCCGCCCUCGGUGUCGGCAUCGGCCUCGCCGUGAGUUCGACCGUUGACGAUAUUCCGGCGGCAGCGACCACCAUCGUCGCCAUUCCGGGCAGACUCUGGCUGCGGGCUUUGAAGGCUGUUGUCUUGCCCUUGAUUGUCACGGCUAUGAUUCUGGCUGUCCAGCGCCUCCGUGUGAUGACGGGUGGUGGAAAGAUCCUUGCCCGCUGGACUGUCGGUUACUAUGUUCUCACCACGCUCCUGGCCAUUGUCAUCAGCACCAUCCUGACGGACCUCGUCUGGGGCCGGUUGAUGCAAGUGGUUAGCGGCGAGAGCCUGGCAGUGUCCGAGGAAGACGCCAAGACGAUUGCGGACCGCGAAGAGCUCGCAAUCGCAGACGUUGUCUCUCAGAUGUUCGACUCGUUCAUCCCGGACAACAUCGUUAACGCCCUGGCCACCGACAGCCUGCUUGCCGUCCUCAUCACCGCUAUCGUUGUCGGUUACCUGCUCCAGCCAGGGUCGGCAAUCAUUCGCGUCUUGGAAGAAGUGGAAGUCAUGAUCACCAAGAUCAUCACCGUCCUUAUCAAGCUUGCUCCCAUCGGUGUUUUCUUCCUGAUCUUGCCGAACCUCUUCAAGCUCAACAUUAGCGAAAUCGGCUUCAACCUCGGCAUUCUCAUCGGCGGAGGCGUCACCAACAUGGCGAUCCAUCUGUUCAUCGUGCUUCCCAUAAUAUUCUUCGCCAUCACAAGGAGGAAUCCCUACCUCUACUGGUUUAAGUGCUCGAGGGCGUGGAUCACGGCGUGGGGUUCGGCAUCGUCUGCGGCCACGCUCCCCUUGUCGAUGAAGUGUGUCACGGCCCAAGGUGUGCCCCUCGCCAUCACCAAGUUCAGCGUCCCGCUUGGCUGCUUGGUCAACAUGGAUGGCACCGCUAUCUACUUCCCACUAUGCGUCGUUUUCCUCGCGGUAACGCAGGGAAUCAAGCUCACGCCGGUUGACUACGUCAUUAUCUGCCUGCUUUCCACGCUCGCCAGUAUCGGCACCACCCCGAUUCCCAGCUCUUCCCUGGUCUUGACCGUCAUGAUCGCCCAGAGCGUCAAUGUGCCCAUCACGGGCAUGUACGCCAUCAUCAUCAGCAUCGACUGGUUCUUGGACCGCUUCCGGACAGCCGUCAACGUCUCGGGUGACAUGUACGCUGCCAGGGUCCUCCAAUCGCUUACCGGAAUCAAGGAUGACCCCACUGCCAUGACGCCCGCGGAUGAGGAGCACGUCGUGGGCCGGGUCGACGACAACUCCCAGAGAGUUUGAGGGACCCAAACAUGACGAUGGAAUAUCUCGGACUUGUAGCUACUGUUGGAUCAAAUUUCAAGCGUGUUUACGAGACAUGGUGU